ACCUUGAGGGUCUGAACUGGGUGAAAAGUUGUCAGGCAGCCUCAGUCACGCCACUUUCUGCCCACAGUGUCACGUACGGAAGCCCAGCCUCUCUGUCGGCGUAAAACAGACUUUAAAAUGGUUCUGAAACAGAGUCAUUCUCGGUUCAGACUUCUCGGUGUGAAGAGUACUGAAAGAUGGUUCGAGUCCUCCUUCAGUCUCGACAGCUCUGCGGGGUCUCGAUCCGCCGUGACAGCAGCUGUCAGCUCAGCUCCGUGUUUCCGUUACGGUGUAAACAAAAGCUUAGAGGAGCCAACAUGGACCAAGAGACGAGCUGGACUGAAGCUGAGACACAUUCUUAUCAGAGGUAAUAAGACGUAACUUUACUUAGAAAUAAAGUAAGUAAGUCUACUGGAGUCUGACUGUCAAAAUGUAAUCAGGUUUGUCCUUGAACAGAGUGAUGAAAUAAUACCAGAGUGUCACCUUAAUGGAGCCACUUUCUUGUAAAACGCACGUCUGAAACCAUAAUAUGCAUAUAGAUUUUUCUAGUUUUUUUCAACCACCAUCUACCAAAUGACCAAGUGUCAAGGUUACCUGUAACCCUGAUGGUUUAAUCUCCUUUCCACAGAUUGCAUGUCUACGGAAGCCCUGAGCAGCCAUGAUAACUCAAUUAACGGGAGUAUUAUGAGAUGUCAUUGACAUCAGAACUGCUGCGAGUAACUAAAACAUACAGAAAAAAAAGAGUUUUAAAAAUAUAAUUUUGAAUAAAUAAACAAUAUACGGCAUGUGCAUGGCCCCAAAAAAUGCAGCUCUCGAAACACAGCUCUGUUUAUUUCUAAAUACUUCAGACUCUGGUGUCAGAUCCUCUGUGUUUCCAGCAGAAACGCUUUCCCUCAUCUCUCUCUGUAUUGACACAACAUGCAUCAGAGCCUCACAUUUUUCCUGGUGUGUCACCAACACAGAGAGUUAAUGUUGUAUUUAGAUAAAUGUUUCAUAAAGUUAUCAGUUUGUAACUCAAUGUUACAUGAGACAUGAGAGUUUUUGUACAAACACAUGAUCUUCUGAUUGUUAACUUAUCAGAAAUAACUCUGAUGAUGGUUUUGAAAUGCUAAGAGACACUAUCGAGACAAAACACUGAAUAUGCACUUUUUAAAAUGAGUAUAUGUUAUGCUACUCCAAAAGGUUCAAGAAAAUGAAAGUUUGCCUGAGAAAAUUUGGCAAAUAAAUGAACAAGUGAAGUGGUUUUGAAUCCGUGCUGGUAAUUAAAGUUUAGGAAAGUGUCAGAAACAAGAUGAGUUUUAAUAUGUAAAUGUUAGAACAAAUAUCCUUAAUUAUGGAAACAUUUUCUGCAUGUAAAUAUUGAGACAUCCUAACAGUUGAUGUGGAGAUGAAUUUGCACUCAUGGUGAUUUUCACUUAUUUUUGCAUGUGCAUUUAAAUAUAAUUAAAACCAUUUCUGCAGUAACCACCACUCACUGUGACAUAUCUGUUUACACUCCACUAAUUACAUUAUCAGAGUAACUCUGCUACACCCCUAUCAUAUUUCAUUUUGCAUCUCAUUUAUUGUUGUCACCACAGCUGGUUUAAUGCUUUUAUAAGUCUGUCUUGUCCUUUUUAUUAUUUAUAUUUACUAAAUGCUGCUGGUUUGUGGGGUAACCGAGCAGAAUAUCUCAGUAUGGCUUUGCUAAAAUCAAAAUCAAAUUAAUCAACCUUAAAAGGACUUACCUAAAUCAAGGGAAAUGUGCAGCGUGAUAAAAUGCACUAACUCACUGAGUAUGUUGCAGUAAAAAAAAGAGGAAAAAUAAAUUCAAGUGUCCAAAUGAUAAAUAUUGUGCUCUUCUUCUCUGUCUCUGAUUUCAGACCUAAGCACCUCUGUCAGAUCCCUCCAGUACGAUCUAAACCCAGGAGCCCCACAGCCUGAAGCCAGCAGACUGAUGUUUGAUACUCACGCAGUGGUUCGGCUCUUCGAGGAAAACGGUUUGGCUCCCAUUUUAACCUUUUUAAAUUAAAAAAUUUUUACGCGUGGCUGUUGAUUUCCUCUCAAAGCAAACAUGUUCCCCAUACAGGCUUCACCACCCAGCAGGCUGAGGUGAUGGUUAAAGUUCUGACACGGAUGACAAACUCCAACAUGGAGGUCAUUUAUAACGACAUGGUGACUAAAGUACAGCAGGUGAGACUGAAGGAGGAGGUCUGGCAACUUCAUGUCUGGUUUGUUCAAUAAUCUAUAUCACAUCUCAUUUAAUGAAGAGAAAUCCUGCCCAUUUUUAAUCUUCUCAGUUUACUUUUGGGUUCCUUGAUUGUGGAAAAACUAUAGCACUACAACAUUUCAGUAUCUACUUUCUGUAUUCUUUGGUAAUAUCUCCAGGACUAAAACCUCAGAUUAGAAACAUGUGAAUAAAAAAUAUGAGUGCAGAGGAUUUUAUAUUUGGAAUAAACUGCUUCUAUUUUUAGCCUGUCACAUAUGCAGCUGAAUGUAUUAGAACCGCGCUGUAGCUGCCAUCAGAGACAGUAAGGUCAAUACUAUCAGAUACUGUCAACUAUGACUUUAUCUUUCAGUAUGCAAUGCAUCAUGGUACGUGUAGUUAUGUAAGAAGAAUUAGGCCCUCUUUUAAAGUGUCGCGCACAGGUAAUUUCUUAACUGUUUAACAUAAAUGCCGAUGAACGUCAAUAUAAAAAAUGCAAAUGAUUCAUUUUGAACAAAUAAGAUUUUAUUAAGUAGCUAAAAAAAAAAAAACACCAAUAAUUAUGUUAAUACAGCACUGUCCAAAAACAAGUGCUUCACUAUUUAAAAAAGUUCAUAAAAUUAAAACCAAAACAAAGCAGUUUAUGACAGUGGUUGUAAAAAGCAAUAAACCUACAAACAAGGUCAACAAAAAUUGAAACACAACAGAUAACAAGUAAGUAAGAUUCUAUACUGUUAUAAUAGAAACAUGAACUCUGAUAGCUCAAGUAUAAAAGAGCAGAAUAAAAUGAUCAACAUUUGAGGAAAGAUUUAAUACUGACUUGAUUUGUUAAUGUGGUCAUUUAAAAAUAUAAAUACAUUAGACCAAAUUAAUGUUUUACAUGCACUGAAGCAAAAAAAGAGGUUAUGCUUGUGAAAAAAGAUUUCCUUUGUGUCUGAGGCUGAGUUUCAUCCAGGUGAGCAUGUGCGUUUUUUUAAACUUCUUCUCUUGUAUGAAUUUUGCAGGAGAUCAUGUUGCAGCGAGUGAUGUCUAAAAUAGCAGCGGUAAAGAAGGACAUGAUCAUUCUGGAAAAGAGCGAGUUCUCGACUUUACUGGCAGAGAACGAGGUCAGUGUGUUUUUAGGAGCCUGAUCCAGAAGUAAUCCAAAAGUUUUAAGUUCUGUAAAUCUCUGCUCUCAGCUGUUCUGGCAUUGUCAAUCCAGCCUAAUCUGUAUUUAGACGAAACACCAUGCACUUCUACCAUCUGCUCCAAAUUAAUGAAGAUAUGUUUGUGAGUUGAAUUCUGAUAGAUGUUGUUAAAAUGUAGAAUGUCUUUUCAAAAUAAUAAAAAAAUGCAGAACACAAGCAUGAAUAUAUGUACUUGACUGGGUGUACAUUCAAGCAUUUUAUAUGAGCUCCUGUAUGAUGUUUUCCCCCUGACUCUGGGUUUGAAUGUCUUCAUUCUUCUCUCAGAAACUCAAGAUCCAGCUGUUGCAGCUCAAAGUCCAAUUGGCUGUAAGUUGUUAUUCUAAUAUAAACCAAUAAAUUAAAAGUCCCAAUCAUUUAUUCAGAGUCUCUCUGUAUCUUUUAUCUGUAAUGAUUUCAUGUGAUGGGAUUUGUUGGGAUUUUGUGCGUCUCCUUUGCAGGAUGUCAUGAAUAAAGUGCGCUCAGACACUCUUUUGGACAUGAAUCUGGAGAAAAGUCGUGUGAAAGAGUUGGUAAGGAUUUUCAUAGAACAAAAUACAGAUUUAAUUAGUACUUGACUGCACUCUUGAUCCUUCACUAACUUUACUCAGAUUUGCUAGAUUUGUCAGUUUUAGGCAGGAUGCUUAUACCCAUGCUACACCUUGUCUGCAUUGUGUUAUUUAUGAAGUUGCUCAGUCAUUAUCAGAGGUAAUUACAGAGAUAUUACAGGAGCAGGAGGGUGCUCAUGUGAAGUAUGAGAGCAGACGUGACAGAAAAGUGCUGUGCGAGCAUAAAGCUUUCUCUGUGAGUUGACAUGUCAGGCCUUUUGUGCCUCUGUAGUCAAGUCAACGUUUAUUUAUAAAGCACCUUUAAAAAAACAGCAGUCAAACAAAGUACUGUACAUGGGAUAAAUAAAAGAAGUAAAAUAGAUAACAAUAAAACAAUACAUUUAAAAACAGUGGAAUAAAAUACAGACAGUAAAAGAAUAAAAGCUACAGUGCCUAUGAUUCCUGUGUGCUCAUUUAUUGAACGCAAGGGAGAAAAGGUGGCACUGUCUGUAGCACUGUAAAAACAUUGUCUAACCACAUACUGGAGCACCAAUAGUAGAAGUACAAAGGUUUAGAGACAUCUGAACUUUAUCAUUGCACUGUUGCUGAACCAGGGCCUGUGUCCACUGAACGCUUUGCUCUGUUGCUGCAGUAAUUAAGCAGUGACUAACUAAUCAAUACAAAUUAAAUAGCUGUAACAGGGAGAAGUGUUUCUGUCCUUGUAGAGGUGUGCUACAUAAAAGAAGUCCUGCUGCUUAUAUUUCUCUUUUACAUAAAACCUUUUUUUUUUUUUUUUCAGAAAGCAGAGCACGAGAAGAAGCUUCUAGAGACCCGAACUGACAUCAUGGAAAUGGUUUGUACUCAGUGAAAAUCUUUCCCAUUUUACUACAUCCAUUUUAAAGUUACUCUACAUCUGUGUGACAGGCAUGCUGAAAUAUUAACAUGUACAGUAAUAAAAGUAGCUGCCACUAAAUUCUUCACUCUGUUUAAAUAUCUGACAUGUUUGUGGUUCGUUCUAUCGCUGAUGCUUUUUCUCUGAUUUCUUUUGUUACAGACUGCAGAGCAGGAGCGUUAUUUAACUCAGACCAACAUGAAAAUAGACACUGAAGUGGCCGGUUUGAAAACCAUGCUAGAGUCUCAUAAGCUGGAUACUAUCAAAUACCUGGCAGGUGAGAUUUCCCACUUUUACAUUGUUGUUUUGGAGAGUUGGCAUCUGAAAUGUAAGAAAAAGACUGUUUAUAAAAAUUUGAUUUCUUAGUCAGGGAUCUUUCUCUAUAUUAAAACUGUAAAGGUAGAAAUAGUCCCUGUCUCACCUGUUCAGUAUUGAUAUUCGCAGCAGUCUAACUGGUUCAAAUAGGAAGAUUAAAAAAAGGUCAAUUUAUCACUGAAUUAAUUGAGACAUGCAGGUAAACGAAAACGCUCUAUCUCUCUGUUUCAGGUUCAGUCUUCACCUGUCUGACCGUGGUCUUGGGUUUCUAUCGUAUUUGGAUGUGAGCUUCAUCAGGACUUUGAUUUAUCAUAUCAUUAACUGGUAAAACUUGAAGUUUCAGUUGCAUUUCUAAUGCAGUGUUUUUAUAAGAAGUUUGGUAAUACAAGAAAACAAGGAAAAUACCUGAUGGAAGAUUUUGAAGAUUCAGGUUUUGACUUUUGUAUCAUGUAACCACCUCAGGGGCUCGGGCUGAUAACUUUCAGCUGCCUGUUUUUAUUUUUAAUGAAAAGAUGAUAACAUUUUAGAAUAAAGUUUGUGUAGGUCUGAUUUUAUUUAUAUGUGAAUUACUGUCAUUUUAAGGACUCUCCUUUUAAAUAAUGUUUUCCAGAAAAAUGUCAUUUUAUUGAGAUAAUGUUAUUGUAAAACAGAUGGUAUUAUUUUGUUAACAUCUAUAACAAGCUAAAAUAAUCUGAGAAAAAAACUCAGACAAAGGAUGAGUCAGUGUGGCUCUGGAGCACUCCUGUAUGUUAUCCCAGAAACUAAACUGUUACCUGCUAUUGUAGCCUGGCCGGGCCAUCCUGUUGCGUGAAUCACUUGAUGUUCCACAAAGGAACAUCAAGUGAUUCACGCAACAGGUAUGGGAAAUGUUUCAACCUGACUGAUGAGAUCACUCUUUUUAAAUAAACUGACUUUUAAACCAAUAUAAACUUUGUUCCUAUAAA